AUGGGCCCGGUGGUGGACGGCAAGUACAGCAUCGAUGCCUACAUGAACUGUGUGGACGCCUGCUACCAGACGCUCAAACACAAGAUGAACGGCAGGCCGCUGCUGCAGAUCACCGACUACAACGUCUUUCACACAGGCGGCGGCUACCACGUCGUCAAGAAAGCGUUCGAACGAUGCAUCCGAGCAGAGGACCCGAAGACGAAGGCGGACGUCCGAGAGAGGUACGUGGCAGAGAAGCUGCUGCCCUCAGUGAACCUGCUCAAGGUCAUCGGUCCGUGCCAUACUGUGUCAUCUUUCCUGAACAUCAGCUCUGUGGUGAUGACGAAGUGGGAUGAGGCACUUGGGAAGAUUCUUCUGGUCUUCACCUAUGGCUCCGGCUGCGCGAGCUCCAUGUACCAGCUACGCUUCGAUGACAUCGCCUGGUUUGACCCGCUGGCCAUCUGGAAGGUCAAGCAGUUUUACCGGAAUGCCAUCCACGUGCGACCAGACCUGCGGAUGCAUCAGGUCUACAUCGACACCUGGAUGAAGUUCGACUACAGGCCCAACGGGCGCAUCUCUUUCGGCUUCGGCUAUGAGACGUACGAGCUGGAUGUCUACUAUUUGCUGGAGAUUGAUCCUUGGGGGCGACGCUUUUACCACCGCGGCGGCAUGCGCACAGGCCCGAUGAACCGCAAGGUCAUGAACGCCAACGCCCUGAACUACGACAAGGUGGAAAAUCGCCACACGCGCGAGCACUUCGGACACCUGCCGCCCAACGGCGAGGCUUGGGAGAAGCAGGAGAACAAGGAGGAGAAGGCUGCGCGGUCCCUCGAGGACAAGUGGAGGGAGAUCGAGCAGGAGAUGACCUUCGAGCCCGAGGUGGACGCGGACGGCCAGCCAGCGGUUGUCACAGAAAAGGUGGCCCACGGCCGCAAGGUCGUCGUUCGAGAGGUUGGGCCUCCGGGUGAAGACGAGGAGGAAGAGGAGGGUGAAGAGACGACCUACCAGAUCGUCGGUGGGCAGCCUGGGAAAUAG